AUGCCGCCUAGAACUAGGAAAUCAGCUGCAGCGUCAUCCAGCAAGCUUGCCGGCAAACCAAACGCAUCAGUUGCUGCCGCCGACAAGCAGCCAAUCGACGUCUCGAGCCCAGUCUCAGAGGAUGGUGCCAGUUCUGACGGAGAUGACAGGCUAGUAAUUGACGAGGAUGAAGAAGACAUGGAGGUAUUUGAUAUGACCGAUAGGGACAGCACAGAAAUCAAUGCGCCAAAUAAAGAUGGUCAACGCUCGCUGUAUGCGGUUGGCGGUGGCGGUUAUAACGCCUUGAAGACCUUCAGAGGUCAGGUAUACUCUGGAAUGGCAAUAGGCGGCUCACAUAAAUGGAAUUAUGAUCAAGGAGUCUGGAAGGAAACCAAGGUGGAGCCUGAUCGAUGGGAGAUUGAUUAUAACGCAACGAAACGGCGAGCUCGGAAAGCCCCUAAAGGCAGCGGCGUACCAGUUGGUACAGAAUAUCACUGGUUUAUCAUAGCACAUCAGUACGUCGUGAAGCAAGAUGACAAUACCUACGAGACACACCUUGUAGGAUCCAAGUAUAAACUAGCACACAAGUCAAUAUCCGCCACUGCGUGGUCUGUUCCUACAGUGAAGGCCCAGCGAGAGCGGGAGACUGAUAUUCUGGAGGACGCAAAGCGACGCGUGCAGGGAUUGCCGCCGGUGCUGGCAGCCGAGAAGGCAAAAGUUGGCGCAAGGCAGGAGAAGGGUCAGCAAACGUUGGAUACAUUAUUCGGAAAAAGAAAAGGAACGGAAGACAGCUUUGCAUCUCGACAGACAAAAAAAAGGAAGAUGGGAUCUGAGGAGUAAUGAUCUAGGAAUAGAUGCUCGCUUAUGAGCAUACGAAAAUUGUACCCAAGACCACAUGCCAGAAUGAGUUCAUCCACGGCAUGUUUUGUCAAGACUUCUUCUUAUGGCAAGGAAAUACAUAGAAUUAUAAUAAGCAAGCCUCGGCGAUGG